GCGACGCGAUCUAGGUAGAGGAGCUCCCGAUCGAAGCGCCGGAGCUCGACUUCAGCAAUCAAAUGCAGCAGUGCUAGAGUCCCGCGGCCUCAAUCAGGUAUCUCCCUACCGAUCGAUAUUUCGGGCUUAGCGCAGUCCGAUCGAACGGAUUCUAGUCCUCAAGCGCAGUAGCUAACCUCGCAGCGAUUCCGGAGCGGCAUGGUGGAUCAGCCAAAGCUUGUCAUGGACAGAGGAUAUGGAGCUGUCCCCGGCGGCCUCUCCGGUGGGCGAGCAAUCACUCAAAAGAAACUUGUAACACAGGCAUGAGAAGGUGUCUCUUCCUUGGAUCUCUCUGAGCGGUUUUCUGUGUACCAUCGAUCAGGCUGAGCAGUAACAACGCUGACAUUCUUCCAUUUCACAGCCAGUCCACUCUCAAUACGUCCUCCAGGUGUUUUUUUCUUGCAUUUUGUGGACAUCUACGAUUCGUCAUCGAGUUUUUGCAACCAGAGCUCAUACAGUAGCGAGUAGCGGUGCCCGAGAAAAUGCCUCGAAAGCACUAUCGAAAAAAGAAAUUCACUCCAAAGAAAAGGAUUGUUCGGUAUGGAAAAGUUUUGAUAAUCAAUUUUACUCUCUUCGUAGUCUGGUUUUCUAACCCAUGCGAUGCCGCCUCACUCGUCUGGGUUGCGAUGGUGUCCCUCCCUGGAAGAGAUUCCACUACCCGGGCACCUGGGCAGCCACAAACUCUUCUUCCUCCCAAGCGCUGCUGCUCUCCUCCAUCCGGGCACUCCAAGCUUGCGCCAUCGCCAGAGAUCUCGAGCUGGGCAGGCUCCUCCACUCGAGCUCUCGCCUCCGCGGCCUCCACCACAACGUCUAUGUCGCCAACACGCUCAUCGCCAUGUACGCGAAGUGUGGCAGCAUGGUGGAAUCCCAGUCCGUCUUUGAUGCCAUGGCCUCCCCUGAGCUCGUCUCGUGGAACGCUCUCAUCUCCGGCUAUGCCACUAACGGCGACAGCGAGCUCGCGCUGGAGCUCUUCUCGCGUCUUGGCGAUGGCGUCGUCGCCGCCUUCCAGCCCAAUGCGAGGACUUUCCUGGCGGCUCUCGUGGCGUGCUCGAGCCUGGCAGCCAAGGAAGAUGGUCAGUGGAUCGGUGGGAAGAUCGUUAAGUUGAAGUACCUGGAGAGAGCAAUGGAGAUCCACGCCCGAGCUAGCCGGUGCUGCGACGACACGGAUGUUUUCGUUGCCAAUGCUCUCGUCGACUUGUACGCCAAGUGUGGCAGCCUGGACGACGCCAAGAGAGUGUUCUUCCGCAGCAUCCCGAUUCCCAGCGUCGUGUCUUGGACGUGUCUCAUCGCUGGCUGUGCCGAGAACGACCAUGGCGAGGAGGCUCUCGAGUUCUUCGACCGCAUGCAGCGCGAGGGGUGCCGUCCAAACUCUCGGACUUUCGUUGCGGCGCUCACGGCCUGCUCCAGUCUGGCUGAGAGGCUUGGACGAGCCGAGUGCUUGGAGAAGGCUCGAGUGAUCCACUCCCAGGCCGCGGCUCUCGGCUACGAUCGCAGCGAAACGUUUGUAGCGAACAGUCUGGUCGACGUCUACUCCAAGCUCGGCUCCAUGGCGGACGCACAGGCGGUGUUUGACGGCAUGGAUCGCCGGGACGUCGUCUCGUGGAACUCCCUGAUGCUCGGAUAUGAGGAGAAAGGUGACAGCGGCAAGGCCCUCGAGUUGUUCGACCGGAUGGAAGACGAAGAUGGCGGCGGCUGCGAGCCGAAUACCCGGACACUCGUCGCUGUGCUGAAUAUCUGCUGUGGACUCCUGGCUCGAGAGGUGGCCGAGAGCGUUGCUGGAAAGGCCAGCUGCUUGGAGAGAGUCGUGGCUGUCCACUCGAGAGCUGCGAAGACGAGCUGUGCAGCGGACAUGUUCCUGGCCAACAGUCUGAUCCACGCCUACGCGAAGUGUGGCCGCAUGCCCGAGGCUCGCGAAGUUUUCGACCGGAUGCUCCGCCGGAACGUUGUGUCAUGGACGUUUCUCAUCCUGGGAUACGUCGACAACGGGGACAACAAGCUGGCUCUCGAGGCUUUUGCUUCCAUGGAGCUGGAGAAGUGUCCGGUGGACUCUCGGUGCUUGGUCGCUGCUCUCAGGGCCUGCAACACACGAGACGGGAAAGCUUGUAAGCUCGAGUCACUGAGAAACGGGAUGGCUGUUCACUCUAAAGCAGUGAAGAGUGGUCACGACUCUAAUCCUUACGUAGCGAGUACCUUGAUCGACAUGUACGCCGGUUGUGGCAGCAUGGCGGAUGCUCGGCGUGUGUUCGACCGGAUGCCGACGCACGACGUUGUUUCCUGGACGGCUUUGGUGCUCGGCUUUGCUGACAACGAAGAAGCCGCCCUGGCACUGGAGCUCUUCGAAGAAAUGGGGACCAGAGGCUGCUCGCCGAAUGCUCUCACGUAUGUCUCGGCCCUGACGGCAUGCGUUGCUCUGGCGGACGAAGAGGACGGCCGGGAUAUCCGAGGAAAGUUGGUGAAGAUGGAGUCCUUGGAGAAAGGAAGAGCGCUUCACUCUCGUUGUCAAAGCGGUGGAUUUGAUGCCGAAGUCAUGGUGGCCAACAGUUUAGUGGAGAUGUACUCGAAGUGUGGAAGUAUGGACGAUGCGAGGAAGGUGUUUGACGGCAUGGCUCGCCACACGGUUGUGUCCUGGACUGUCUUGAUCCUUGGCUACGUCGAAAACGGCGAGAACGACCAAGCGUUAAAGGCUUACGAGUCGAUGAGAUCGUCCCAGAGUUGUAUUCCGGAUGCUCGGAUUUACGUUGUUGCUCUCAUGGCCUGCGCGAACUCCGGAGCUAUAGAGGAUAAUGGUCUAGAAGUUGAUGGAGUCGUCGUAAAACCGAAAAGCUUGGAGAAAGGAAUGCUCGUCCACUCUCAGGCAGCAGCACAGGGACUGCAAACCGACACUUUCGUGGCCAAUAGCUUAGUUGCCAUGUACUGCAAGUGUGGAAGCUUACUUGAUGCUCGCAUGGUCUUUGACAGGAUGCCAGUCUCAACUGUUGUGUCGUGGACGGCCUUGAUUCUCGCGCACGCUGAAAACGCACAAGCCGAGUUAGCACUGGAGUUCUUCAAGGCAAUCCAAAGUGACAAAACCUGUGAACUCGACUCCAGGGCUUACAUUGCAGCACUCGUGGCGUGUGGAGCUCUGACCGCACUCGAGGCUGGAAGACGAAUCCAUGCAGAAGUUUGCAAGCGGGGUUUCGACGGCGAAGUCUACGUUGCAAACGCUCUUGUCGACUUCUACGCCAAGUGUGGAAGCAUGGACGAAGCAAUGGCAGUCUUCGACUCGCACAAAGGCAGGAACCUCGUCACUUGGAGUGCUCUGGUAGCAGGAUACGCCCGGCAAGGAGGAGAAACGAACCGAGUGCUUGACAUGUUUGAGAAGAUGCCACAGCAGUGCUGCAUCUCCUCCUUGUCGGUUCUCACAGCGUGCAGCCACGCCGGUCUUGUCCACAGAGGGAAGGAAUGCUUCCAGGCGAUGCAGCAAAGGCAAGGAACCAGGCCUUGGAUUGAGCAUUACCACUGUGUGAUAGACAUGCUGGGACGAGCAAACCACCUGAAAGAAGCAAUGGCAGUGAUCUCCAAAAUGCCAUACAAACCGACCGUGGUUACCUGGACGACGGUGCUAAGCGCGUGUGAGAAGUGGAAGAACGUUGCUGUUGGACGCAUCGCGUUUGAGUCACUGCUAAGCUUGGACGAGAACCAGCCCGCGGCUUACGUGCUCAUGGCAAACAUCUACAAGAGCGCUGGGAUGCGUGGCGAGGAGCUUGCGGCAAUGACACUGGGAAAGCGUUCUACACAACAAGAAAACGCAUGA